AUCGAAAACUUUCUUGCUAGUUCUUUUUUUCGCCAUUAUAGCAAAAAAGAGCUCAGCAGAGGCUCGUUUCAAAUGUGAAAAUCGGUUUGACAAAUGUGAAUACAUAUUUUCCGCAACCUCCACAACCUACAACAACUAGAUUUGAGCCACAACGAACUUCAUAGCAUUGACUUAUAUGCUUUCAGAGGAACUCCAGAACUUCGAAUUAUCAAGGCCUCAAGAAACCAUUUGUCCUUUCUGUCGAGUGGAUUUGGGGAGGACGAAAAGUGACCCUUCCAAGUACUUUCGAAACUUCAGGAAUUGGAUCUCCGAAAUAAUCGUAUCACUCACAUUUCCAGUGACUGGAUACAUAGUCUAUCGAAUUUGAAGAACUUAGAUAUUAGUUACAACCCGGUAACAUGUACCUGCACCUUACUCCCUUUCGUUCAGUAUAUGAACAGAUCUAACCACGACGAAUUCGGAAAGCAUCCACAAACGUCCGCCACAAAAUCAAAUUGCUCGGAAUCAGGCGAACUAAACAGUUGGAGUAUAACGAGUUUGAAUUAUAAACAACUGGUAUGCCAACAUAAGCCGUGCCCGAACAUGUGCAUAUGUUGGGCUGGCUAUGACCAAACCCUUAUUAUUUACUGCUCAAGUUCUACUUUAACUAAGGUACCUCCACUUCGCGAUGUACCCAAACUCAAAACCAAAUCAAUUGUUCUGCAUAUUGCCAAUAAUAACAUAACCACACUUCCAGACAAUCACUUCCCAGGAUAUUCGUUAGUCAGCGAACUGUAUGCCAGCAACAAUAGUAUUUCACAAUUCACAGGACCCAACAUCCCAAUAAAUUUACAAGUGCUAGAUUUAUCAAAUAAUAUACUCACGGGGAUCAACACCAUUGUUUUGGAAAGGAUCAACCAAACAAACCAAACAUCACACCUAUAUUUAGGCCACAAUCCCUGGGAGUGUAAUUGCAAUACUCGUGGUUUGUUGUCUUUUAUUCGGGCUAACUCUGAACGUAUUCAUGAUUUGAAUUUUAUAGAGUGCACCACUGGUGCCAAGUUUUUAGCACUCUUUCCCAAGGAUUUGUGUAAAGAAAGCAUAGUUUUCGAGGUCCUAACUUAUACAGCAGCUGCACUUGGUGUGGUCUUUGCAAUUCUAGUUGGUUUGAUGUAUCGAUUCCGAACCGAAAUCAAAGUUUGGUUAUUCGCGCAUAAUAUGUGUUUGUACUUUGUUACCAAACAGAAUAUUGACGAUGACAAGAAAUAUGACGCCUUCAUAUCAUACUCCCAUAAGGACGAGGAUUUUAUUAUUGAGAACCUGCUACCAAACCUCGAAAAUGGUCCGAUACCUUACAAAUUUUGUCUACACGAACGUGAUUGGGUUCCUGGCGAAUUCAUCCGAACCCAAAUUAUUCAAUCAGUGAAUGAUUCGCGACGCACAGUCAUUGUCCUCUCACUAAACUUCCUUGAAUCAAUUUGGGGAACAUUGGAAUUCCAAAUUGCUUAUAAGGCCGCCUUGGAAGAAGCCCGGACUCGGAUUAUUAUUAUAAUGUAUUCCGAUAUCGGGAAUAGUGUCGAUGUUGAUCCUGAACUAAAAUCUUAUUUAAAUACAAAUACUUAUAUUAAAUGGGGCGAUCCUUGGUUCUGGGAAAAGUUACGUUAUGCAAUGCCCCAUCCACCAUACAGAAAAACCACUAAUACAACAUCAAUAAGGAAAGAAUCCGAAGAUGCGGAAGGCAUUAACCUACAGUUCACGGAACCUUUAGACGAAUUACCCCUACCACCAGGGGCAAUACCUCUAGAUGAGAUCCAUCUAUAGUCCAGAUUGGGAGGAACGUUGGCAGACGCCCUUAUACGUUCAAAUAGUCUCGCUUACCGCUUUCUUGUUUUAAGAAAUGCUGCAUGUUUUGAAAAGAAGAGAGAUUGUCAUUGUAUUGCGUUAUUUAUCAAUGUAACCACAAAAUAAAGUGCUGUUUAAUC